AUGUCCGCCGCCAACGCCUUCGAGGCGCCCAAGCAACCCGAGCUCUCCAAGGAUCAGGCCAAGGAUGCGCUGACGCAGACGAUCGAGCUCAUGAAGCAGCCGGAAAACAUGGCCAAGAUGGAGGCGGCCAAGGCGGCGAUGGCGGCUCAGCCCGACAACAUCAUGAUGCUCAUGAUGAUGGUCAUGCCCGUCGCCACGCAGGUGUGCAUGCCCGUCCUCCAGAAGUUCGGCUUCACCGCCGAUCAGGGCGGGCUCAUGGCGUACGUCGCGGCGACGAUGAAGCACAAGGACGACGCGGAGAUCGCCGCGCUCGGCAAGGAGAUGCGCAGCACGUUCGUGCCCGAGGCCCUCGAGGGUGUGAUCGGCAUGAUGCUCGCGGGACCCGCGGGCGGCGGCGUGCCGGCGUUUUAA